GAGACCAUCAAAGGGGCGAAGCUGACUAAUCAUAUCAUCAUCGGAACACCCGGCAAGCUAAUGGACUGGGGUGUAAAGUUCAGGACGUACGACCUAGUUUUCCCUUUUUGUACUGGACGAGGCGGGUGUUAUGGUCGGUGUUCUUCUUGGCCACGUACGAGCGCGAGGUGAUGGAGUUUGCCGAGUGCAUCGUACCCAAUCCGAUAGUCAUUCGGCAGGCGCGGGAGCAAAAAUCGCUCGAUAACAUCAAACAGUACUACGUCAAGUUCCACAACCAGGACGAGAAAUUGUGUGAUUACCGUCGGACAAGCGAUCAUUUUCUGUCAUAUGAUGUACGCAAAACGGCCGGUUGGUUGACCGGCAGGAUGUCCCAGGAUGGUCACUCGGUAGCGGUACUGUCCGGUGAUCUAACGGUGGAGCAACGGUUGGACGCUCUGAAUCGAUUCCGAACCGGACUAGAGAAGGUACAGAUUAUAACGAACGUUUUGUCCAGGGGUAUCGACGUCGAACAGGUGACCAUGGUCGUCAAUUUCGACCUGCCGAUGGAUCAGCAGGGACGAGCCGAUUGCGAAACGUAUCUACAUCGAAUUAGACGCACCGGUAGAUUCGAACGGAAUCACCAUCAACCUAGUGGGCAGUGAUCGAAGCAUGAUGAUUUGCAGAUCAAUCAAAAAACACUUCCGGAAAAAGAUUCAGUUGCUAGACGCGGAGAAUUCGGACGAAAUUGAAAAGAUCGCACCGUAAAGUGUUUUCGACCAGCUACUGGUGAAAGGCGUAGGAGCUUUUUUGGGUCAUACUUGUUUUGAUUCUGAAUUUAUAAUUUUAUUAUAUUUUUUUUUCUUCCUUGA